AUGACCGCGCUUACCGGGAGUCCCGUCUCGUACGGGUCCUAUUCGGAUCACCUCUAUCCGGCCUGGUGUCAGGACGACCAAGUGCCCGUAACGAAGGCAGAGUUACGCGAUGUCUUCGACGAUCUUUGCAUCAAAUUCGGGUUCCAGCAAUCGUCCAAGGAAAAUAUGUACCAGCAUUUGCUCGCGCAAUUGGACUCAAGGGCCAGCCGCUCGACGGCGCAGAUCGCACUGGUGUCGCUUCAUGCCUCCUACAUUGGCGGCGACGAGGCGAACUUCAAAAAGUGGUACUUUGCCGCCCAGCUCGACCUGGACGAGGAAAUCGGGUUCCAGAACAUGAAACUACACGGCAAGUCACGCCGGCGGAACUACAAACUUGCUAAACAACGGGGCGUGUCAAUCGAAGAUCAAAUUUUGCAAUGGAAGCAACGCGAAGAAGAAUUCAUAGACUCGCAUCCCAAGGUCAGUCUAACGCCCGCACAACUGGCUAAUGAGAACAGCUUCAAAACUGCAGAUUACAAGUGGAAACUAAGAAUGCGAGAACUUACGCCCAAACAAAUGGCGCGACAACUGGCGCUCUUUUUGUUGUGCUGGGGAGAGGCAAAUCAAAUCAGAUUUACGCCCGAAUGUCUCUGUUUCAUCUUCAAAUGUGCUCUGGACUAUGACGCCAACAUCUCCGACAAGUUUCCUCAGUCUAAACGCGAGUUUGCAUUUCUUGACGAGAUCAUCACGCCGCUUUACAAAUUUUUGAGAGCUCAAGUUCAUCACUAUGAUGAAAAAACCGGCGCACUUAAGAGACAAGAGAAAGAUCACAAAGAUAUCAUCGGUUAUGAUGACGUGAAUCAACUCUUCUGGUACCCGGAAGGUAUUGAAAGACUUGUUUUGAAGUCUGGGGAGCGGUUAGUCGAUAAGCCCUUGGCAGAGCGUUAUUUGCAUUUACCAGAUCUGAAAUGGGAGAAAGCUUUCUACAAGACUUUCCGCGAAACCAGAACGUGGAUGCAUUGUGCCACAAAUUUCAAUCGGAUUUGGAUCAUACAUUUUUCCAUGUUCUGGUUUUUCUUUUCCGUUAACGCUCCCACGCUUUACACCAAGAACUAUAUUCAACUCUUGAACAAUCCUCCCUCGCCUCAAGCCCAAAUUUCUGCCGUUGCAUUGGGUGGCACGGUUACUUGUCUGAUUCAAUUGGUUGCCACCAUUUUUGAAUGGUGUUGUGUACCACGCCAGUGGCCUGGAGCCCAGCAUUUGACGCGAAGAUUAAUUGGACUUCUUUUCUGUCUCGUUAUCAAUGUCAGCCCCUCCGUUUACGUCUUUGGGUUUUUCCAGUUAGAUGUUCACUAUCAAUAUGCUUACAUCGUUGCAAUCGUUCAACUCGUCGUUGCCAUUGUAACAACUUUAUUUUUCGCCGUAAGGCCACUUGGUGGAUUAUUUGUGUCUUAUCUACAGAAGGGCAAGACGCGCCGUAGGUAUGUCUCAUCGAGAACUUUUACAGCCUCGUUUCCACCAUUAACGAAGCGAAGCAAAUGGUUUUCUUGGGGACUUUGGCUGACGGUGUUCGUGGCAAAAUAUAUUGAGUCCUAUUUCUUCCUUGUAUUAUCGCUACGAGACCCUGUGAGAGUCUUGUCGAUAAUGGAUAUGAGCAGAUGCAGAGGCGAAAGACUCUUGGGUGAUUUUUUAUGUCGUUUGCAACCUCGGAUUACGUUGUUGAUUAUGGUUUUGACCGAUCUAGUCCUUUUUUUUUUGGAUACCUACUUGUGGUAUAUCAUCUGCAAUUGUGUGUUCUCAAUAAUUCUAUCGUUUUCGUUAGGGACCUCAAUAUUGACUCCAUGGAAGAAUAUCUAUUCAAGACUACCAAAGCGAAUUUACUCCAAGAUUUUGGCCACUGCAGAGAUGGAUGUUAAAUACAAACCUAAAAUAUUGAUAUCUCAGGUUUGGAACGCAAUUAUCAUUUCAAUGUACCGUGAACAUCUACUGUCUAUCGAACAUGUUCAACGAUUAUUAUAUCAACAGGUUGACUCUAUGACACAAAAUAAGAGAACUCUCAAAUCGCCAACAUUUUUCGUUGCUCAAGACGAUUCGACGUUUAAAUCGAUGGAAUUUUUCCCCGAUCACUCGGAAGCUGAAAGGAGACUCUCGUUUUUCGCUCAAUCUUUAUCCACCCCCAUUUUAGAGCCCGUUCCGGUUGAUUGUAUGCCGACGUUCUCGGUCAUUAUCCCCCACUACUCAGAAAAGAUUCUUCUCAGUCUUAAAGAAAUAAUUAAGGAGGAAUCGACGAAAAGCAGAAUGACGCUUCUCGAAUAUUUGAAACAUCUUCAUCCAACUGAAUGGGAAUGUUUCGUUCGUGACACAAAACUACUCGCCGCGGAGAGCGGUUCGACUUCUGAGAGUUUCCGAGAGCUGUCAAGCACUGAGCGGUUCGAAAACAUGACUGACGAGUCAAAUGAUUUAAGGGAAAAAUACAAGAUCUUUCAAGAAAAAAUCAAAGAUUUGCCCUUCUAUUGUGUGGGUUUCAGUAAUUCCCAGCCCGAGUAUACUUUGCGUACCCGAAUUUGGGCAUCUUUGAGAUUUCAAACGCUGUAUCGAACGGUUUCAGGCUUCAUGAACUAUUCAAAGGCUAUAAAGCUUCUUCAUCGAAUUGAAAAUCCGGGUAUGGUACAAGCUCUAAGCAAUGAUCCGGGGUUUCUCGAAAAUGAGCUCGACGUGAUGGCUUGUCGAAAAUUUAGAAUGAUUGUUGCCAUGCAAAGGUAUCAAAAAUUUGAUGAUCAUGAUAGAGAGGCUGCAGAAUUUCUUCUCAAAACAUACCCGGAGAUGUGUAUUUCUUACCUCGAGGAAGAAAAGGAUCCAGAUGGAGGCGAAACUUUGUUUUAUUCUUGUUUAAUCGAUGGCUAUAGCGAUAUUGAUGAAGAAUCGCAACUGCGUAAACCAAGGUAUAGGAUUCGUCUUUCAGGAAAUCCUAUUUUGGGGGACGGCAAGUCAGACAAUCAAAACCACUCUCUAAUUUUUUAUCGUGGUGAAUAUAUCCAGGUGAUUGAUGCGAAUCAAGAUAAUUAUCUGGAAGAAUGUUUGAAAAUUCGAUCAAUUCUCAGCGAGUUUGAAGAAAUUGAAUUAAGUGAAUGCAUGCCAUAUGUUCCUGAAGUGGAGUACGAGGAUGUUACUGUACCAGUGGCUUUCGUUGGAGCUCGAGAGUACAUAUUUUCGGAAAAUAUUGGAGUCUUGGGUGACAUAGCGGCAGGGAAAGAACAAACGUUUGGUACUUUAUUUGCUCGAACUUUAGCGGAGAUAGGCGGCAAGCUACAUUACGGCCAUCCUGAUUUCUUGAAUGCUAUUUUUAUGACGACUAGAGGUGGUAUAUCGAAGGCCCAGAAGGGUCUCCAUCUCAAUGAAGAUAUUUUCGCUGGAAUGAACGCUCUGUGUCGAGGCGGCCGAAUUAAACACAGCGAUUAUUACCAGUGUGGGAAAGGGAGAGAUCUGGGAUUUGGGUCUAUUUUAAAUUUUACUACUAAGAUCGGAGCUGGCAUGGGUGAGCAACUGCUCUCAAGGGAGUACUACUAUUUGGGCACUCAACUACCAAUAGAUCGGUUCCUUUCAUUUUUUUACGCACAUGCUGGUUUCCAUCUCAACAAUCUGUUCAUAACUUUAUCCGUUCAGAUAUUCUUCGUUCUACUUAUUAACCUUGGUGCUCUAAAUCAUGAGAUAAUCAGCUGCGCGUAUGACCAAGACAAACCAAUUACAGAUUUACAAAUUCCGAUCGGUUGUUAUAAUAUCCAACCAGUGCUACAUUGGGUCACCAUUUUUGUUCUCUCAAUAUUCAUUGUCUUUUUCAUCGCAUUUGCUCCACUUCUAGUCCAAGAGGUACUUGAGAAGGGCACCUGGAAGGCGGUUUCGAGAUUCUUACACCACCUGCUAUCAUUUGCCCCCUUUUUCGAGGUAUUUGUCUGCCAAGUGUAUUCCAAUGCCUUACUCACCGAUGUUACCUUUGGAGGCGCUAAAUACAUAUCAACAGGACGAGGAUUUGCAAUUUCACGACUGGAUUUUUCCGAUCUCUAUACCAAGUUUGCAUCGACUUCGAUCUACUCAGGGUCUAAAAUCUUCCUCAUGCUUGUAUUUGCUACGAUAUCCAUGUGGCAACCAGCUUUGCUUUGGUUUUGGAUUACUGUCACCUCGCUGUGUUUGGCGCCAUUCAUUUUCAAUCCGCAUCAGUUCGCAUUUAGGGACUUUUUCGUCGACUACCGGAAUUUCAUUCACUGGAUGUCGAAAGGCAAUUCUCAUUUCGAGAAGGACUCGUGGGUUUCAUACGUAAAAUCUAACAGGUCCAAAUACACUGGUUUCAAAAAGAAAACAAUAAACGAUGAGUCAGAGACGAUCGCUACUGACACCAAGAGAGCCCAGGUUCAGGAUAUUUUUGUCGCCGAGCUUUUAAUUCCCUUGUUAGUUACUUUUGCCAGCUUUGCCGCGUAUGCUUUCAUCAAUGCGCAGACAGGCGUCAGUGAUGUGUCACCAACAAGCUCUGUUUUGAGACUUGGCAUUGUCACCUUUUUUCCAAUAGUGUUUAACAUGGUGAUGCUUCUGGUUUGUUUCCAACUCUCCUGGUUCGCUGCGCCUUUGCUUUCGUGCUGUUGCAAGAAGACCGGCAGUUCUGUUGCCGCUUUUGUGCAUACAAUGUCCGUGUUUGUGCAUUUAAUCGAUUUUGAAGUUAUGUGGUUCCUAGAAGGCUGGAACUUCACACGAGCUCUUUUGCUCAUGGUAACAUGCAUUAAUCUCCAAGAAUUCAUAUUCAAGCUAAUGACUGUCUUCCUCCUUACUCGUGAAUACAGAAAUAACAAGUCUCACUUAGCCUGGUGGUCAGGAAAAUGGUACAACACUGGAAUGGGAUGGUCUAUCAUUUUACAACCGACCAGGGAAUUUUUCGUCAAAACCAUCGAGGCAUCUCUGUUUGCAGCAGAUUUCAUUUUGUGCCAUUUCAUACUAUAUGCGCAGGCUCCUUUAGUGUUUCUACCAUUUGUGGAUUAUUGGCAUUCUCUCAUUCUUUUCUGGAUGAAACCUAAUAAGCUACUCUCGAACAAACUGUCAUACACGAAGAAACAGUCGGAAAGAAGGCGCAAGAUUGUUAGAAGGUAUCUUCUGCUUUACCUAUUGAUUUUAACCAUUUUCAUUGCCCUCCUGGUGACACCGUUGUAUUUGUCCAAAUUUGCUGAAACCGGGCUACACCUUCUCGACGACACAUUCCUUGAAGGCGUAUUUCAGCCCACUGGGCAGGAUAACAAUGAUACGGGGACUAGGGCACCAUCUACAAUUCUAACUACAACACCUCCAAUGCCUGAAAUCACAACCAUUAAAUAA